AUGGCUGUACCUUCCAGCACAGCGGCAGAUCCACUGCUGCACCACGAUCUAUAUACAGACCUUCUGACCUUUACCUUCUGCGGUCCGACUCCCUAUAACCCGAAUCAGCCGCUAUUUAUCGAUGCCGAAGAUCCCUCGCGCUCCUUUACCGCGACACAAUUCCGACAACUAGUCCGGACUUUGAUUGCUGGUUUCAAGGCGUAUAAUGUGCGACAAGGUGAUUGUGUCUUGCUACAUCUGGGGAACAGUAUCUUGUACCCUGCCCUAUUCUUCGGUAUCAUCGGCGCCGGAGGUGUAUACAUGGGCUCGAAUCCGCGCAGCCAACAGCAAGAACUGGACCAUAUCGUUGGUCUUGCCGAACCCAAAUUGAUACUCACAACUCGUGACGCAUUGCGAACCGUUCGAGAGGUUGCCAUGGCCCGUGGAAUCCCUCAUGAACAAAUAUGCGUGGUUGAUGACCGUGCUGUCGACCAUUGCGCCCAGCUUUUCUUGUGGUACGAGCUGGGAUAUUCAGCUGGCACGGAUUUCUUCGCCAAUGCCGGCGGCGACAAUGGCCGUCAUCUCAAUUUCGCCAAUAUGCUCUGCUAUGGUGAAAGUGACUGGCUGAUGUUCACCGAUCGCAUGUCGGCACAGAAUACACCAGCAGCCAUGUUCUCGACUUCUGGGACUGGAGGUCUACCCAAGGCGGCCAUUCUGUCUCACCAUGCUAUCGUGUCCCACCACCGAUCGAUCCAGUAUGAUGUGCCUUACCCCGUCAGCCGCUUGAUGUCUCUGCCUAUGUUCCAUCUUUUUGGUGCAUUAUGGACUCAUCUCUUCCCGGUCCGCUAUGGCCACCCGCUCUUUGUCCUAUCGCGAUUCGAGAUAAAGCAAUUCUUGGCAACAGUCCAUCGAUUCCAGAUCUCCGAGACAUACCUAGUCCCGGCUAUAAUUCACACUCUCAACCGCUCCACAUUACCAAUCCCGGACUAUCUUGGGUCACUGCGCUACGUGGGCGUUGCGGGAGCUCCUAUCGACGGUCCGUCGAUGGUGCAAUUCCGAAGCCGUCUCCACCCGAUGGCUUAUGCAUGCCAGCUGUGGGGUAUGACGGAGGUUGGUGUUGCUUUCCAGACCCGCUACGGUCAACAUGGAGAUCCUGGCAGCAUUGGAACUUGUCUCAGAGGUUACGAGGUACGCCUAGUUGAUCAUGACGGCAACAUUGUACGGAGUGAUGAUCGUGCGGGCGAACUGUACGUCCGUGGUCCUGGCUUGCUCUUGGCAUACAAGGGUCGUGCGGAUGCGAAAGAGUCCCAGGGCUGGUACCGUACUGGUGAUGUGGCUUUCAUGAAGCAAGGCCAUUAUUUCAUCGUUGGUCGGACAAAAGAACUCAUCAAAGUGCGAGGAUGGCAAGUCGCUCCAGCUGAAGUUGAGGGUGUCUUGCUUCAGCAUCCUGGAAUUGCCGAUGUAGCCGUCACUGGUGUGAACCUGAAGGAUGGCAGUGGUGAAGUACCCCGUGCAUUUGUGGUGCGAUCGCGCGACCCAUCUGUGAACCGUCUGACAGCGGAAGAAAUAUACAAAUUUGCCCGUCAACAUCUGGCUAGUUACAAAUCUCUGGAUGGUGGUGUGGUAUUUGUGGAAGAGAUUCCGCGAACGGCAAGUGGUAAGAUACAGCGAUUCAAGCUCUCGCAGAUGAAUGACUACAGAGAGAUGGUCGCAUCACUUCUCCAACGCUUUGAAGGUGAAGGACCUUCGACGUUGGGUCGCGCACUGCCUUCAAGUGCGGACGUCCAGCCUGUCGGGGUAGCCUAA